AUGGGGGACUACUUUACAAUGGGCGAUGUUGUUGAGGAAGAAGAAUCUAGUGAUCAACGUGCAUUGUUAAUUCCUGUAAAGAACUCGGAACAAGCAGUUGAAGUAUUUGUAGAUGAAUUACCAGAUGAUGUGAAUGAUAUUAUUGAUAUUUUACGUGCUGAAGUAGCACCACUGGACGUUUGGUUACAAUUUGCGGUGGAAUAUUAUAAUCAAGGACAUGUUAGUCAAUUUCAUGAGAUCUUAGCGGUCGCGUCUGAACCAGGGAUUGAAGAAAUCUAUAAGGAUAAUGCAUCACGCAUGUGUCGCAUCAAGUUCUUUAUUGCUCUAGCAAGUCAUUCUGUAAAUGCCAUGUGGAAUGAAGAAGAUGAGAAGAAACGAGAGACGAUUUCACAACGUGCUGUGGGCUACUUUCAACGUGCUGAUCGUUUAGAUCAUCAACAUCCUAUGACAUUAGUGGGCAAAGCGCUCAUGUUUAUGGCAAAGAAUGAAGAUGAUCGUGCUGAUCGUUUUAUCAAGAGUGUCUUGAUUUCAAACAAAACAAACUUGCCAGCGAUCUUGGGUAAAGCUUUGCUACUGUAUCGCAAGAAACAGUACCAGGACGCGAAAAAACUGUAUUUGGAAGCGAUCAAGCUACAUCCACGCAGUCCACAAGCUGCUAAUAUGCGCAUGUGCUUUGCUUAUUGUUGUUACCAUCUAGGAGCAGUGGAGAAAGCUCGUGGAGUUAUGCGUUAUACGGCGUCACUGGAUGAAACCAAUGUGGACGCCGUGAUUGCUAAUGCAUUGUGGCAACUGGCAAGUCAGAGUCGUGAGGAACGUGCAGUUAGUAUACGUGAUGAGAGCUCGCGGUUUAUGAUGAUGAUUCAUCACGCUCACGCGAUUGAUAAGACAAACCCUACGGUACUCAACCACCUGGCAAAUCACUACUUCUCGCAGUGGAUUCCGCUUUCGUGUACAGUGAGUGUUGUGCGUGGAUCGGAUAUUGUGAGUACAUCCAAGGAUAUUUCUAGCGAGGUGUUUCCAGGUCAGAUUAUCUGCAUUAGUGACAAGUACGUUGCCUAUAUCAGCCGCGAUGAAAAUGCCGUGUCAUCGUCUGGACUGAAACUUGAUGGUCCGUACCGCGAUGAGUCCGCAACAGGCACGAACAUUGCACGAAAAGACUAUGACAAAAUGUUCACUCUUGCAGGGAAUGCUUUUCACAGCACGAAAAUUCCUGAGAUCCGAUCGGAAAGUUGUUACCUCAUGGGCCGUGGCUGCCACGCACAAGGCAAGUAUAAGGAUGCGUACAGCUAUUACUUUAAUGCUGGACGACUUUGGCCCAAAUUCGUUCUCCCGUGGUUCGGUCUGGCACAGAUGUACUACGAGCGCAAAGAAUUUGCGAAGGCGGCAUCUUAUCUGGAAAAGGCCAACAAAGUAUAUCCUGAGAACGUGGAAAUCCUGUCGCUGCUUGGCGAUGUGUAUGGCAAGCUUGGCAAAAAGGAUGAAGCUGUUAUUCUGCUUCGUCGUGUCGUCGAGCUCGAACCAGGCAACGUGGAAGCUCUGAUCGGCACAGCUGAACUACUUCACGCGUCCUUGGAACGGAAAGACCAGAUUAUUGCAAUCUCCUCGUACAUUGCAGCGGAAAAGGUGAUGAAUAAUGCGUCAGAACGUGUGCCGAUGGAAUUGUACGUGAAUCUAGGCGUGCUUCAGCAACGUGUGGGCAAGACUGCUGACUCCAUUAAAUGCUUUCAGAAGGCGCUCAUGCAAUUGGGAGAUAGUGGUAAUGAAGAAAGCAAGUCAGGCGAGACUGAUGCACUGGCAAAGGAGAUUUCAAUUCCAACACCAUCGGAGGCGAAUAUCACUGUUCUGUACAAUAUGGGUCGGGUGUACGAGGAGAUGGGCGAUCGUGACCAUGCCAAGAGGCUUUAUGAUGCUAUCCUUGACGUUUUCCCCGGAUACACUGAUUGUUUGCUGCGUCUGGGCUGCAUGCUGCGUGAUCGUGGCCAGGAGAUUGAGGCGAUUAAAAUGUUUGACAAGGUGUUGGAGGUCGACCCGGCUUGUGCCGAGGCCUCGUUGCUGCAAGGUAACAUUCAUUUGAAGAAGCGCGAAUGGGUGUUUGCUCAGAAGAAGUAUGAAAAGAUCAUGGGAAUGCCUGGUUUGAAGAACGAUCCGUACGCAUUUUUAUCGAUGGGCAAUAUUUUUAUGAGCAACCUUGGAGAAAAGAAUCGUUACACUAAGAAUAUGUCGUUGAGCGAAGUGUACUACAAGAAGACGUUGGCAUCCUAUCCACACAACAUCUACGCAGCGAACGGGUUGGGGAUAAUGAUUGCCGAGAAGGGUAACUUUGAGCUUGCAAAACAGAUUUUCUCUCAGGUGCGUGAGGCUAGCCCAGACAUGCCAGAUGCCUGGAUCAAUCUCGCGCACAUUUUUGUCGCCGAAGAGCGUUACCAGGAGGCUAUCCAGCUCUACACGGUGUGUCUUACAAAAUGCUAUCAUGGACAAGAUCUUGAGGUGCUUUUGUAUCUUGCUAAAGCUUACUACGAGUGGAAAGAUUUUUCGAGCUGUAUUGCCACGCUGUCUCGUGGAUUGCACAUGUUUCCAAAUGAUCUUCGGCUAUGGUAUAACACUGGUCUUGCCCAGGAAGAUUAUGCCGUGACCACGUUAGGGCAGGAAACAAAAACUACCACGCGAUCCGCUACUGGUAAUGCCGUACCACAACAUCGUACCAUGGCUGAUGUUCAACGCGCCAUUUUGGAUCUGAAGCGAGCUCAGCGCAUUUUUCGUUUUCUGCUUCAGCAAGCAGAAGCAACAAAUAAUUCCAGUGUUAGCGAGAAGAAGAAACACGUUAGCAAUUUGCCGUUUGAUAAAGAGAAGGUAUCAGACCACGAGAAGUUUUGUAGCGACACAUUGACGAAGGCGAGCUAUCAUUUGGAGUUUGAGCGUCAGAAGGAGGAAAAACGUCGAUUGGAGAUUGAAGCUCAGCGCAAGCUUCUGCGUGAGUAUGAGGAACGCGUGGCACGUGAAGAGGAAGAGACGCGUAUGAAAGAGGAUGAUAUGCGCAAACGCCACGAUGAUAUUCGACUCAAGCAGGACGAGCGUUUGAAGAAAUUGCAUGAAGGCUGGAGUGUACGUGAACGUGAGGAGGAAGAAAAGAAGGUGGUCAAGAAGAAAGGAGGCAAGAAACGUAAGAAAGCGGGGGAUGAGGAUGGUGGUUUUAUUGAUGACAGGGACGAGGAAUUGGACGAGGACGGGGAUCACAGUAUGUCCAUUGAGGAUAUGAAGAAUCGGAACGCAACCAUGAAGAACUUGGUGGAGAAACGGAGCAAACGCGCUCGUGUGAAUUCGAAUGUGGAGAAUGAAAAGGAAGAUCCCACUCAUCUUUUUGGAUCGGAUUCAAGUGACGAUAACAAUGAGCAAGAGGCAUCAAAGGAAGCAGUGACGAAGGAGGAUGAAAACUCUCGAGUUGAAAUUCCUGACGUCAUGGAAAAUCGUCAAGCCGAGAAGAAUGAGCUUUUUGGGUCUUCCUCUGAUGAGGAAUAA